UCAGUCCUCCAGGGCUCCUUCAUCAAUGGGGAAAGUUCGGAGAUUGAAAGCUCGGGAUCGGAGACCCGCUUUGCCUACCUCCCCUCCACCGAUUCCGCUGCCACGGCCGUGGUGACUUCUCAGGGCUCUGAUGCCAUCCUGAGCCAGACUGGCACAGCAGCAGCCGGUCAGUUCUAUGUGAUGAUGUCACCGCAGGAUGUGUUACCGGGGAGUGUCACCCAAAGAUCGAUCGCUCCACGGGCCCACCCCUACUCUCCAAAAUUGGAAAGCCCUCGAGUUGCCAGAGAUGAUAAGAGGCGUGCACAGCACAACGAGGUGGAGAGACGCAGACGAGAUAAGAUCAAUAACUGGAUCGUGCAGCUGUCGAAGAUCAUUCCGGAUUGUUCUGUGGACAGUUCGAAGACAGGCCAGAGUAAAGGUGGGAUCCUGUCAAAGGCUUGCGACUACAUUCAGGAGCUGAGACAGGGUAAUGUGCGCCUACUGGAAGAGCUGAAGGAACUGGAACAGCUGCAAAUAGACAACGAACUGCUGCGUCAACAGGCGGAAGAGUUGAAGAAUGAAAAUGUCCUCCUGCGAUCCUCUCUGAGGCAGCACAAUGUGGACGUGGUUGGGUCGGGGGCUGUCCAGUGAUUGAGGAAGGGGGAGGGUUGGC